AUGACAAUUGUCGAAGAAAAUGGGGAAAUUGAAUGUGAGUGUGUUUCUGGAUACCUUUACUAUCCACCUCUAGAUAGGUGUUUCAAACCAUACUCCAGAGGACCAUGCAAUGCUGGAGAAUAUUUCAUUCUCCAACCAGGAAAAUUCACAGCAGAAUGUUUGCAAAAUCCUUGUGAAGAAGGAUCUGUUUUCUAUCAAAAUUCCUGCCAUGAACUUCUAAAACUCGGACCUCCCUGUGAUGAUGAAAAAAGUUUGGUCAUCGAUGAAAAAACAUUUGAAAUUUCUUGCCAAAAUCUGGCUGAUAAUCAAACCCCAGAAGCUUUUUAUCCAACGAUUGCUUUCCCAGCUGUGAUUGUCGCUCCUAUUAGACGCUGUCUACGAGGCUCAAGGAUGGAUUAUAGAGGAAGAUGUCGAGGCAGUGUUUAA